UGUGCCUGGCGGCUGCCGGCCGGGUGCACCGGCAGCCACGGCCCGCUGUCACGGGAGCAGGACCGGCGUGCCAGAGCCACCGUUACGGCCUGACCCACCGGGGGCGGACAUCGCGGCUCGUGUAACGGGGCGCGACAGACCACCUGAGACCGGCCACAACAGCCAUAAAGCACAGAACGGCAGAAAUACUACAUUAGUUCACGCGUCACACAGCGCAAUAAUGGAGUCAAGGCGCGUCAUCCACGGCAGCGGGGCGAUCGGCCGAAUAGGCGGCCGCAUCGCACUUCUGACCUUGGCUGCUGUUGGCUGCAUCCUGCUGAUUAACGUGACGCAUCCGCAGCAAGUCAUAGAAGCGCGGCAAAACAUGCAGCAGCAGGACCAGCCGGUGACGGCAUCAUCUUCUGAGGGCCUAUACAGAGGACAGCCAAUCAGCCAGCUCUGGGCACGCAAUCUUCCCGAGCAGGCUUGGCUCCCCGACCCCCAGUGUCGCCACUUUGUCACCAAGUUCACCCGGGACAAUUGUCUGGAGGUGUUACUGCUAGCGUCUUUCCCGAGGUCCGGCAACACCUGGACCCGCUUCCUGUUGGAGGCAGCUUCCGGCCUGUACACCAGCUCUGGAGGACCUAACUACAUCAAGUAUGUCAAGGGCGAAAGCUUACGACAAUCAGACGAAAACAUACGGAACUACGUCAAGACUCAAAAGGGAGCUGAACUAACCCAGCUUGGCUUCAUUGGCGAGACAAGCCUCUGGACGCAGGGCACCACAAUAGCGAUGAAGACUCACAGCUUCCCCGAGCCAUGGAAUGCCACCGAAGCCAAGAUAAACGAAUACAACUGGGCACCGUUUGCUGCCAACACCACACGACGAGCCAUUCUGGUUGUUCGAGACCCCUUCAAAGCACUCAUAUCGCUAAAGAUUUACAGCAAAACGCAAUCCGUCCUCAACAACGAUAACGAUUGGCAAAAACUGUUUCAGGGAGACGAGUGGAUUGACUUCGCGGUGUAUCACGCAAACCAUUGGUACAAACUGAACCGUCAGUGGGUAGAGAGAACGAAUAUGACGCAUGUGGUGAUAUAUGAGCACCUGACGAAAAAUACCAUGCCGGAACUACAAGGCAUGCUUCAGUUUCUGGAUGUUCAGCCCGAUCCGGAUCGUAUGGAGUGCGUGCGUCGUCACUUGGAGGGACGAGCUCACAACAAGAAACACGACAUAGUGCCCAAUAAUGCUGUGUAUCCUCUACACCUGCGUGGAUUGGUGUGGAGCUAUAUCCACCAGCUAAACUGGGUGCUGAAAACCAGGGGUUAUAAGCCGCUGCCUCUGGACCUCUAUUCGUUUGCCGAUGAGUUCAGAGACAUUGGCUUGUGAUAGCAGGACGACACUGCUGAAUAAGAAUUACUAUAUCACGAAACUGUGCUCAGGUAAUAACAAUGUUCGCAUGGGUGCAUGCACGCAUUACCCGAACUCCUUGCCUUGGGAAGCGCCAAAGCAAGCACAAACAUCGAGUGAGUAAUAAGUUGCAACGGGUACGGUAAGAAGACCCUCAGAAUGCAGCGAGUUUUCAGCGAAGCUCACUGCUACGGCAAAACAGCAGGCUCAUAGUCUUCGCAGGGUACGUUUUCGAGUCAAUAAACAGGCUGACGACUCCAGAAUAUUGCAGUUGCAUUGACAAUUGGCAGUGGCGAAAUUACGAAGACCUGGCAUUUAUAGUGGUAUGAAGUGCAAUUUUCUUGAGUUCUUGGAAUGCAUCGCAGCGCUUCAACCGCACUGGAAAUACGGAGACCAUGAUUUGUACGUUCCUGGUAGUUGGCACAUCUUCAACCGGUUGUCGUCAGGCAUCCCGGCAGCCAGUGUUUUGGGUCAACAAGGGAAUCCUAUGCAUGGUGUUGAAUUCAACCCGGAAUCAUGCAAACACAACUCAUCCAUGCACGCUCCAUCGCUAGAAAAGAAAGUCGUCAAGAGCUUGCAUUUUCAAUUUGUGUGUCUUGGGCACGCCAAAUAUUGUUUAGGACAUCUACAUCCGUGUUACACGUUGUACUUCAUGAUUCCAGCUAAAUCAUUCCAGGAUUUCAUUUGUCUGAUUUACAGCGAUUUGGUAUUAUUUCGGGAACAGCUUAUUGAUACAAAUGACGCAAGCGUACAAAAGCAUCACCUUGUUUUCUUUACUGAGUGGAUACCAUGAGUGGUUAAUGUAUUUAUCAAAUAAUAACCUGUGAUUAUUGUUCGACCAGAUGUCUCGACACAGAGUCAAUAAGCUGUCCUGUGUUGAACAUUAAAGAAUAUUUGGGAAAAAUCAGCUAUGGCAUGUUAAGCAGCAUCUUGUACCUACCUCGCUAACAUUUAUUCGCCAUUCCCAGUCUGUACGCCCCUGGCUCAAGGACAGUGAUAAUAAUCCAGGACAAUUUGUAACAGCCAACAGUCAGAGCAUUUACAGCAGGCGUUAACAUCACGAAAGACAUGAUGCUACUAGUCGUGUUUUAACAUUCCAUGUACCCUGGAGAAAGGACCAGGUGUGAGCCAUUGCAGAAGUGUUGCUUCAUGUGAACUGGUGGUUGUGCGAGUUCGUUUCAACAUGCCAUGCUGGGGUUUUCAGCGCCACAACAUACGAAUGGGUGCACGCUCAACGACUCUAAGCACGAUGCGGUGCACUUGGCACAUGCUAAAGGUUGCGCCCAUCAUAGAGAGCGGCAACGAUUGGCGGCGCGGUGCUCAGCUUAGAGAGCAGCAAUACCUG